GAGCCCCACAUAGAGAAGUUCAGAGACACGAUUCAAAAUAUCGAAAGCAUUUGUUGUUUUUUCCACCUCUAUAAGGCUUCAUUGUCGCGUCUGAUCUAGUUUGAUAGUUGGUGUAUUCUCUUCCUUUCUUUAUAUUGAAUUAUUACCAUUAUUAUUCCCAAUGCAACCCGUGCAACCCAACAAUAAUCUCCCAGGGCUCGGUCAGAAUGAGGUAGUGAUUCUGUCGGAGAAGCUCUACCACAUAGCCAAUGAAGGUUUUAUGUUCUGCUCACAAAAAUGCAUCACACAUUACGGCGAAGAUUCAAUACCCUAUCACCCAGGCGAGAAAGCAUGCCUAGAUCGGUGUAUUAGCAAAGUGCGUCAUGGCAUGUACAUGGCGAUUGAUACCAAAAGAAAAUUUGAGGAGCAGUUGAAAGCGCAAGAAAUGCCAUAUCAAUGGAUGCGAGACGCGGCAGCUGGAAAAUUUGGCAGUCAGUAAUCUGAGACAUGCAGAAUGGGGUCACUCUUAAAGCUCACGAUCAUACCCAUUCAUGAAUGAAUAAUAAGCCCUAAUAGGUAAUGUUCGUUUCCACAAGUUCGUCUUUAAAAAGUAAGUGUAAGUACUAAAAUGUUGCUGGUGUACCUUACUUUACAACAUUUCCCUUCUCACACGUAUGAGAUGACUUACACAUGCACAUUUACCUAUUACCAUUAAUUCCAGUGUGAGAACUUAAAAUUAGAAAAA